CUUCUCUUUUCUUGCUCUCAAAGAGGCCGUGCCAUACUCGCUUUAGACAUCAUUAUUUGCAUGUUUAGGAUUACGCAGAGCAAAGAAUUAAUCUUGGCCGAGACGAGAUUUAUGGAAUUGAGAGUUCAGUUCGACAACGAACAUGUAUCAAGGCUGCUGUAUUUCAUUGUCUUUACUUAUCUCUACGUUUUGUGCUGUUUCUGGUUUGCAUCUUGAGCAUGAUGUUUCAAUCUACAAGAAAGUUUUGCGCGAUGCAAAGCACUACUGGAACUUCGAUAAGGCCACUAGUUUAUACAGCAUACAAGACAAAGUAACUGGCAAGCGUGCUUCUAUCAGGGAAGGAGGUGCAAAGUUGACUAGGCUUGGGCGUCAGGCGAACAACUACUUGACAUUGGAAGGGCGCAGCUCAAGCAUCGAGCUGGGAAGGUUUGAUGGAUGCAUUGGGGAUCUCUCAGAAUGCAACGUUGGUCUGACAUUUUCACUAUGGCUGAGGUUUCGAGAUGUUCCUGGUGAAACGCAGUAUAUUUUGGGCAACGCUGUUCCUGGGAGUGGCACAAAUGGGUUUGCUUUGAUUAGAAGCAAGGAUAACACAAUGCAGGUAUACUUUGCUAAUGACUACGGAGCAUUUUAUACCACAUACACUGUCUCAACAAACAUCUGGCUGCAUCAUGUCAUUACUUGGGAUCGGUCAAAGGUUUCGGUUCAUGUAAAUGGAAGGAAGCUUGUCCAUGUGACUAAAAGGAAAAGAAGAAGCAUCGAAAUUCCACAUGAGCCUAAUCCAAGUGAAAGAAAAAGGCGUGAGCUGGGGAACAGUCUGUUUACUUUUGGAGGUCAUGGUUUCAAGAUUGAUGCUGACUAUGACAAUGUCCUCUUUUGGAAUCGGGUUUUAAACGACACCGAGGCUACUGUGAUGUUUUACAGAGAUCUUGAGGAACCUGUCAUAGACUUUUGCAAAAGUACUGCAUCUUCGAUAUGUCUCUUCUGGAGCCUAAGGAAAGACCCUUUCAAUCGUAUUCAGAAGGUUUCUCUAUCCUACAAGUACCUAUAUAUGACAGAUCGGCCUCUCCGAAUGGGUUUGAACGUAACAUCGGAUAACUUAUGCAUUGGCAAAUUAGGCUCUCUUACCACCUACGUAUUCACGAUCGAAGCAAUCAUUGGAGCAAGAGUGAAAAUCUUAAAAAGCAAAGAAUUUUCAUGCAGGACAACUGAUGGAAUCCCAAAUCCACCGAAGCUCUCAGUUGGUGAAAAAACUUCAACAUCAAUUGAGGCAAUUUUCAAAACACCAUCACCAACAAACGGAUCUAUCUUUGCAUACUCGAUGUUAGUGAAAGAAAAUUCAUCCAGCACUACGAAGCACAAAUUUAGGUGGAAUGCAAAGGAGCAAUUGCCUGGCACUAACCAAGUUUUCAAAAUAAACGUCACCAAGCUCACCCCGAGCACUGUGUAUGCGAUUGAAGUGCGUGCAAUCAGUGAGCUAGGAGAAAGUUUGCCAGCUAUCAUUAUUGCAAACACCGAGGGCAUUGCUCUUCCAAAGAAUUGCAUCAGUGUUCUACCUUUAGCUGGUGGCAAAAUGCGUGUCACGUGGAAAUUAGUGGCGAACGCCGUAUCCUACAAGGUCUACCUCCAGGAAAAUAGUGAGAUAAAAAAGCCCGUAGAUGUAUUUUCAAACUCAACCGAACUAGUCUCGUUGAAGCCGAUAACAGAAUACGCUAUUGACAUCCGUCCUGUCUUCAAAUGGGGCUUAGGGCCUGGUCUUGCAGCGAAAUUUCAUUUUGUAACGCCAGAUCACGAUUGGAGGCCAAAAUACAUUACAGCAGCUUCGAUCGCCUGGGACAAAAUUUAUGUUCGGUGGACCGCCUCGACGAUGCAAAAUGUCAACUACGUUGUCUAUCUGCGGAAUAAACAAGGACUAAAGCAUUCAGUUGAGACGAAGAAUAAUUACGUAAUCUUUGAAUCCUUGAAGCCUUUAACGAUAUACACUGUUGAUAUCCAGGUCAAAUUUUUAUGGGGACUGGGACGUAGAGUGAACGGAAGCACCAGUGUCAAAACGAAAGAUCUCGAUGAAUGCAACCAAAGAUCUACAAACAGGUGUGACAAAAACGCUGAUUGUUUCAACACAGAAGGAUCGUAUCUUUGCCAGUGUGAAAAAGGUUUCGUUGGCGACGGAUAUUUGUGCAGACCCACUCCACAAGAUGCCAAAAAGACAGACUUCUGUGCAGAAAACUCGUUCCGUGACGUUCAGUGGCCAAGGCUUUUCAAACAUGGAACUGCUGUGAGAAUGUGUCCAAAUGGAACAGUCGGCUUUGCUUCUAGAAAAUGUCUCUACAGUGUGACAUCCCAGCAGGCUGUCUACGAUCUUCCAAACUUGAGUGAUUGUGUUUCGAAAGACGUAAUGGAGUUGGGAUUGCUAGUCGAAAAUUCCAGUGUUAAUGCAGUGACGGUAGGGGACCAGUUAAAGAAAGUUACGACAAGAAAAAAGCUGUAUGGAGGUGACGUCAAAAGAACAGCUUCUUACUACCAGAAAACCAUAAGGGACAAACUAAAAGAAGAUUCGAUGGUUGAUAUUAUGGGACAGCCUCUGCUUGAUGUAGCCAGCAACCUCCUAAACAGAUCAGUUGUUGCAGCUUGGAAAGAUCUAACACAGGCUGGUAGAUCCGAAGGGGCGAGCUCACUGUUUGAAGGCUUGGAAAAACUUGCUGAAAAGAUCUCAAAUGGUUUUACGAAUUCAUCAUUUAGAGAGGGUUUCACGACUCCAAAUGUCGGAAUGCAGAUACAAAGAGUUGGCAAACCUAACGAGGCACUGAAUUAUAACGAAGCACAUCCAAAUGCUGUGAAUCAAAGGAGGACGCAGCCAAAAAUAUCACUACCCACGAACGAGAUCUUAUCUCAGAAAGGUGGAAGGCCAACAGAUGUCAUAUUCAUCUCUUAUCAAAAUGUGGACAGAAUUUUGGGCAUAGACAAGAAACCAAACGAACAGGACAAAGGAUCCGUGGAUGUUCUGAACUCCAAAGUUGUCUCUGCUUCGAUUGUUGGUGCAAAGAAAACAACUUUUGCGUCACCGGUGGUCCUUGUUCUGCCCCAUCUGAAUAAACAAAACGUUAUCAACACAUCUUGUGUUUUCUGGAACAUCUCCACCAAUCCUGAAAGCAAAUGGUUGGAUACCGGCUGUUACGUCAACUCAACCAGCUCAAACGAAACUGUUUGUCACUGUUACCAUCUGACGAAUUUUGCAGUAUUGAUGACUGUGUCCACAGUGCCUGCUUUAGCAGAGGUGCGUGGUCAUGGAUUUGCUUUACGGGUCAUCACAAUAAUCGGGCUUACAAUUUCACUCAUUGCAAUGUCCAUUGCUUUCUUGACAUUCUGUUGCUUUCGAUUUCUUCGCGGUCCACGAACAACAUACCAUAGACACCUCGUUGCUUCUCUUAUUUUGGCAAACCUUCUUUUCCUGUUUGGAGUCGACAAGACAGAGAACAAGAUGGCAUGCUCGGUGAUAGCCGUAUUCCUUCACUACUUCUUCGUCGUUGCCUUUGUGUGGAUGGCAAUGGAAGGCAUUCUUCUCUACUUUAUGCUAAAGAAAAUAUUCAGCAGCAGAAACUUCCUUAAAAGAAAAAGAUGCCUGGUAUUAUGUUGGGUACUUCCUGCUAUAUACGUCGCUCUCCUCGCAAGUUUGAAGAUCGAACAUUACGGAAGUAGCAACUUUUGCUGGAUUUCACGUAGAGAAGGCUUCAUCUGGAGUUUCGUUGCACCCGUCAGCCUUGCUUUGUUGGUCAACUUCACUGUCAUGGGCUUCGCAUUUCAAGUUAUGGCAGACAAGCGUAGCAAGGGGCCGGAUGACGGUACUAUCUCUGAUGUAUGGUAUUGGCUCAAAGGCUGUCUUGUCCUCACCUGUCUACUUGGUGUAACCUGGCUUGUUGGAGUCUUUUACAUCGACUCAAACACUGUUGCUUUUGCGUACAUAUUCACCAUACUCAACGCUUUGCAGGGCCUGUUUAUAUUCAUCUUCCACUGCCUGAUCGACUCAAGGGUACGAAGUGAGUACAUGCGGCUUAUUAAGUGCCAGAAGAGGUAUGAAUAUAACGAGAAAGCUGGCUACUCGUCUUCUAUGAAAAUGAGGAAGUUGAGCGGAAGUAUAAAGUCUUUUGGGUCACUGGACCGAUCUUUAUCGCACAGCUCAGCCAAAAGAACGCUUUCAAACUCCUUAGACAGAUCUCUUCUCCGACAGCACAAUGGCAGCCUCAGUGAAUAUGCAAGAUUAACAAUGCAAAGAUCGAUUUCUAGCACUAAAAGCGACAAGAGUGAGAAAAGCUUUGAAGAUGCUCCUGAGGCAAAGCCACUUAUCUUAAGGAGUUACUCCAUUGAGAAUAGGCCAGUGCUGCCAUCAGAUGAUCAUGUUCCAAGUGAACUGCAUCUACAUGACGAGAAGGCUGGAAGUAGCUACAGUUCUGUGUUCGACUCUGAAAUCGGAGAGAAGCCAAGGCAAAGUCAAAACCUGGAUGUGCGAGAUUCGCUGUGCCUUACUGAUCAUACCGUUGAGAUGAACACGAGGCGAUGGAACACACCGACACAUGGCUCGGAUAGUGGAGUUUCUGUUCGAUCGGAAUUAUUGCAAGGGGAUUCCUUUGAGUCGAAUUCCGAACAACGCGAUUUGCCAAAGCAUACUCGUGGAAUUGCUAAGGAAUCUUUUAUUGGGUUUCAUUUUGAUACCCCACGGGAUCCCCCGCGUGUGGUCCAAUCCCAGAACUCAACGGCUGACAGCUUACAGUCGUUUGAUAAUGAAACAGUAAAGGAAAACGUUAUCACAAAAACCAAGGUUGAAGAUCAGAAAAAAUUGGCCUCAAAAAUUGAGGAAAUGUUAGUUGCCUCGGAACCAACCAUUGUAAAUGAAUCGAUUCAAACAUGUUCUUACGUUGAUGACAAACGGAUGUCAAUUAACUUUGACAAUUUGACUAAAAUAGUAACAGACGACGAUGAGACAGAUGAAGAUGUCUUUGAAGUUGAAUGCAAGACUCUUCGACUCUCACAGACGUCACCAGUACGAGCAACUCGGAUGAUCCAAUUUGAAGUAGAGGAACUGCCGAAAGUUGAAGUUUAUGAAUCACUCGCUAGGUGUGGAAGCCCUGAUAAGAAAGAACGGGCAGAAACGUCACUACGGAUUGGGAUACCGAAGCUGAUCAGCAUAUCAUCAAUUGAAUCGGAGCCAAUCUCACCAAUCAUCAUCUCAAUUAACCCCGAAGAUAGAGAAUUCAGCAUGCUUGAAGCUGAAAUUCAAUUUCCAGAAGACACAGCUUCUGUUUUUUCAGAGAGUGACGGCUAAACGCCUGUGGCACACGCGACAUCAAGCUCCACUCGGAAAUCACCACUUUAAUGUGCUGAAUAAACACACUUGCAAGCGCCAUGGAAUCAUCCACCAUUUUCUGCUUGAUCGCAACGUCUCAUGGACUUACAUGCAAUGUAUUUAAACUUACGGUGUGUCAGUGAAACCGCAGUUUCGUACCAAGAGCCAAAAGUGUAAAAAUGUAAAUAGAUUCGCUUGAAAGAACUGGAUGUAUUCAGUAGAUUUGCCAACGAUCUAAAGUAACUGAACGUAGUAUAGUUCAAAGGUUAAUUGCUGCUUCUGUGGUGUGGCAUCUGGGGUGUCGCUUCUUGAGAUCGUUGGGCAAGUGGUCAUUAUCUAAAGGACUCAUAUUUCCAGUCACUAUUCGAGGUCCUACGUGUUCUGUACAAAAAACAAUGGUGGUGGCUUCUACUAAACAACUUCAGUGCGUAUCUGUAUCAAAAUGAGUCUACAUUAUAGAAGAUUUUAUUUACUAGCUUGAUUUGUUUCUUAUGCUAGAACAUUGUUUUUUAAGCUCGCAAUAAUAGUGUCAUAGUUAUUUCUUUUUCUACUAUUAAUGCUACAAAGUUUUUAUUGCUGUUUUAGUUAGAUGAACGCAUAACAACAUUGGUUAAAUGAGAUUUUCAUUGUCUGUA